AUGAGUGAACUGCAGGCUGCAGCAGGUGUCUUUGGCCGUGGCACUGCCGCUGGCGACGCCAUCUACCGCUGCUACGCGAGACCCACGAAAGAAAGCACACUUGACCCAGAGCUGCUUGCAAGGCUGCAAAAGAUGCGGUUGGAACGGGAGGCGGCGGAGGCGGCGCUGUUCCGCCCGAAGCCGGUGCCAAAGUCCAAAGCGAUGAUUAGUCGCCCCCGUGUGGGUUUGGGCCGUCGCAUUUCGGAGGAGGAAAUUGCGAGGAGACGCCUUGAUGCGCUUCCUCACAAGAAGAGGGAGGAAAGCAUUCAACGGGAGCUGCGGGCUUUUGGUCGGCCGUCUCUCCUGCCACCGUUGUAUAAGUCUCCCCCCAUCACCGUGGCGGAAAAAGAACGUCUUCGGCAGAUAUUUCAAUUUGGAGAGCUGCCACCCAAGCCGUUGAACUUCACUGGGGCCAAUCGGGUGCGGUACGCCUUGAUAGACCGACGCUUCCGACUCAAGGACCGGUUCGAGACGCUGAAAAAGCACGUUGACGCUUUGCGCGAGGAGCUCCGCCAACUACGACAGCAGCCACAGAAAUCUGCGCUGCCUGAAACAGUGGCCGAUGGAAAGGGCAAUGAAAACGAGAUCAUUCCUUCGGGGGCGGAGAUUAUACGACGGUUCCACAGGCGUGACCCCGUCAUGGCGCUGGAGCGGCGGAUGUUGGAGCAGGAAUUGACGACCUCCAUUGGAGAAGUCCUGCAAGAGAUGAAAGAAAUAGAUUUUGACCUUCGUCAGUUGGACGAGAAUGAGGCAAAACGAUACAUCCCGAAGCCGUAA